UGGCUGGCCCGAGGCGGGCCGGGGUGUGCGGGUAGAGAUAAAGGAAGUUGGCGGAGCGGCGGCCGUGUGCUGUGCUGUCUCCGCGCUUUGGAGACUCUGCCUCCAUCUCGGCGUUUGCGUCCCCCGCCUCCCGCCGCGGCAGGCCGUUGACCUGACGAGGGUCCCCUGUGAGCCAGAAGUGACUUGGAGCUUCCCAGUGCUGACAGUAUCAUGGAUCCUCAGGUCAGCAAUGGUUCAGUCCUCCCGAAUGAGCACAUCACAAACAUACUGGUGUUCAGCUUCUUCAAAAACUGCUCCAACUGUAAUUUCCGUGUAGAGUUGGAGGUGUUGGGCGAUGAGCUUCCCGUGCCAGCUUACCUCAAGGAGGAGUGUGACGAUGAGCUACAGACAGAUGGCAACCGGAGCAGCCACCUCCGCUUGGGAAGACCUGAGAUAAGACUUGAGGCAGAUUCUGGAAGUCAAGAGGAAGUCAUCCAGAUCAUCGCUGAGCAUCUCGCCCAAAUAGGAGACGAGAUAGAAAGCAAGGUCCACCCAAGUCUGGUGCAAAACCUGGCAAUGCAGUUUAUGAACAUGAACCUGUCAGAGGCAGAAAGAAGCGAGUGCCUGGGGACUGCCCUGGAACAGGCGAUGCAGACCUGUCUCAUGGACAUGGAGUUAGAAAAGAAAAAGCUGAUGUUGAUCCUGCUGUUGGCCAAAAAGGUGGCCAAUCACAAGCCUUCCUUGCUCCGUGAUAUCUUUCGUACAACUGUGAACUUUAUUAACCAGAACCUAUUCACUUAUUUGAGGAACUUAGCCAGAAAUGAAAUGGACUGAAUGGAUGACUGCAAAAGCGUGACUGGUUAAAACUACUGUGGUGACAGCAGUACAGCUGCCUCCAAUGGAAAUGGAGCCAUGGCUAUUUAAACAAAGUUCUUAGAGAACACAGGCACUAGAUAAUAAUAGAUAAUAGCUAUUUAUUUCUAUUUUAAAGAUGAUUUUUAAGCUGAUGACCCAUUUAGGAAUUUCUACAUUAUUAUACUUGAAAGAAAAUGUUAACUUGCACAUAUUUGAAUGGGUUUCAUACCAUCUCCCAAAUUCAUCUACACACGGUGCCUUUAUCUUGUUUUGGCUGUAUAGGUUCCCACCUGAAAUACAAAUUUAAAAACAGGUUGUAAAGCAGAUGAAAAAAAACACGUUUUUCUGUAAGAAAAAAAAAAAAACCUUUACUAUUUGUUUAUUAAAUU